CAGAAAGCUGAUUUCUGCGUUGCUGAACGGAGCUGAAAGACGCCAUUACAGGGUGAAGUAUCUCUCCUAUAAACAUACAACCCGAAGGAUUGUAAUCUGUAAUUUAGUCUUGCUGUUUAUAGAUAUUCACAUAUCAGAGUAAAUGGCUGAGAAAAUAGUGAUUCUCGAAAGUUUCCUGAACUGCCACGUUUGUUCAGAGACUUUCAGAGAUCCUGUGUCUCUGAGCUGCAACCACAGCUUCUGUUCAAGCUGCCUGAAACAAUUCUGGAAACAAGCUGAAAACAACAAAUGUCCCAUUUGUAAAAGAAAAUCCUCAAAACAAGAUCUAAAUGUGAAUUUUGCACUGAAGGAACUGACUGAUUCCUUUGCUGAGAGACAUAAUAAUGCUUCACCUGAGACGGAACAAGAGAAGGAGAAAGAGGAGAAAGCUGUGUGUCCUCUCCACCAGAGUCACAAGGUGGUUCCUAUAGAACAAGCAGUCAGUGACCUGAAGGACCAGCUGAGAUCUGACUUAGAGUCUCUGCAGGACAAGAGGGACAAACACAAACAAGUGGAGGAAACAUACAAGGAAGUGAUUCAACACUCCAACAAGCAGCUGUUGUCCACAGAGAGGCAGAUCAGAGCACAGUUCAACAAGCUCCACCAGUUCCUGAAAGAGGAAGAGGAGUCCAGACUGGCAGCUCUCUGGGAGGAAGAGGAGCAGAAGGGGAAGACUAUCAGCAGAGAGAUGGAGAUGAUUCAGGAGCAGAUCUCCUCUCUGUCAGACAGCAUCUCUGCUGUUGAAGAAGACCUGCAGAAACACAACGUGUCAUUCCUCAGCAGUUAUAAACCCACUCAGACCAGAACCAGAGUCCAGAGCACACUGUCAGAUCCACAGCUGGUCUCAGGAGCGCUGAUAGAUGUGGCCAAACACCUGGGCAACCUGUCCUUCAGAGUCUGGGAGAAGAUGAAGGACAUGGUCCACUUCAGUCCUGUCAUUCUGGACCCAAACACUGCAAACCCCAUUCUCCAUCUGUCUGAUGAUCUGACCAGUGUGAGACGUGGAGACACAAAGCAGCAGCUUCCUGACAAUCCAGAGAGAUCCACUAAGUAUGCAGAUGUUCUGGGGUCUGAGGGCUUCAGCUCAGGGAAACACAGCUGGGAGGUGGAGGUGGGAGACCAUCCUUUCUGGUAUGUAGGUUUGGUUAAAGAGUCAGUUCACAGGAAGGGAGAGAUACCUACUUCCCCAGAAGAUGGACUCUGGUGUUUCUCAAAUCUCAGUGGAGAAUACAUUGAUGUUGUUGGUGAGACUGUCAGAGUGGAGAAGAGUCUCCAGAGGAUCAGAGUCCAGCUGGACUAUGACAGGGGGGUGGUGUCCUUCUACGACCCCGAAGACAUGACUCACAUCUACACUCACACAGACACUUUCACUGAGAAACUCUUCCCAUAUUUUCAUAUUGGAGAGGCUUGUGAUGCUAAAACUGCUGAUAUCAAAAUCUGUCAAACUGAUAUUUCUCUGUGAUGUUCCGGUGAGGUCAAAGUGAUUUAUCAUGAUUUUUUAUCAUGGAGGUUUUUUGUUGUUGUUAAUUUCAGACUAUUCCAGUUAGUUCUUCAAUUUGAUAAAACAUGAAAAUAAAUGCAGGAAUCUAUGUCAAAGGAACAUAAGGUCUGAGCAAAUAACAUGUUUUUUUAUCUAAAUAUGCUUAAAGAACUCUGAUGAGUAGAUUUGUUGUGAUCAUUUCAUUUCAUUUUUUAUUUUUAAGAAUGAGCAACAAGUUUAGGUUUCCUUUUAUUUAAAAUUCAAUUUAAAAAACUCUUUAAUUUGUAUCAUUUUACCCUGUUAUUUACCACCUGACUGUUGACAUAUUUUAUAUUAUUAGUUUUAUCUUAUGAACAAACUCAGUUGCUUUAUGAUGUUUAUAUUUCUUCAAUAUUGAGUUCAAAAUAGAAAAGCACAAAUUUGUAAUAAAAUGGAAAUUACUUUAAGAUUGUGUUGCAAAUAAAUGCUGUUUAUAUUAUCAAUUAAUCUGUUAAUUCAUUAUAAAUAUCAUAAUAUUGUAAAGAAUGCCAAAUAAAUGUCCUCAAAUUGGA